AAACUUAUUUUAUUAUCUUUUUUUGGAUUGCGUCAUGUUUAAUAAUAGUUCCAUAUAUUCAAUACUAAUGUUUCCGGAAAAAUCAUAGAUUUUGAAAAUUUAGUGAAAUUGUCGCAUCUUUGAACAUAUAAGAAAAAAUUGAAUUUUGUAGAAUAAAAUUAUUACGUUUCCAAACUCUCACAAUGGCAUUCUCAACACAAAAAGAAUUUUUUGAUGUCCCGUUUAUGAACAAGUCAUAUGACUUUACUUGCCAAGAAGUUUGUGUUAAACUAAAGAGUUACCCUUCCACCAUAGACGAUCGGUCUUGGGCAGCAGAUAACGACAAGAAGUCUCGUUUUGUGGCUGAUUUGGUAGCCUGUAAUACUGCGAGUGAUAGUCGGCGAGGGCUGAUCUCAGGUGUUGGAUCUGAAACGUUUGGAGUCGGUCGUAGUCAAAAAGUGAGUGACCAAGGCAAGGGCACAGUUGGACUAAAAGGGAUCCAUUUGAAUAAUAGAAAGGAUAUUAUAGAAACAGGUGGUUUUUCUGGUUAUAGCGGUAUUGGUAAACCCGGUGGAUUUGGAAGCGAAGCUGCUGAUCCAGGUGUUUAUUAUGGUAGUAAUCUAAUCGUGAAUGAUAGUCUUAUAAAUGCAGCUGAUGGUACAAUUACCCGAAUGAAGGAAUUGCUGGUGAAAAAUAAUGUACUACAAAAACGCCUGGCCGACUCUGAGGAUUUGCUGAGAACAGCAAGUGACGAAAUUUACGAAAUUAAGCGUAUUAUGGCUCAACGUUAUGACUCAGAAAAUAGUAAGGUCCUAAAAAAAAAGAUAAAAGAACUAGCCGAUGCCAAAAAGAUCACUGCCAUUGAUGAAAAGGAGUUGUAUGAUUUGCUAAAGUCCGUUGAUGAUAUGAACAAAGCAUUCGACAUUCUCGAGGCAGAAAACGCGAAUCUCAAACGUCUCAUUGAAAAGCAGUCGAAGCGUUGUGUGAUGGAGAGUUUAAUGCUUAAUCCCGAAAAGAGCAACGACGUUUCUUAUUUGAAAAAUAAGAUUGACAAUUUUGCAAAGGAGUUGGCUAUACUACGGGAAGCUGAGGAUGUACAACUAAAGGCCCCUAAACUUAAUGGGGAAAAAGGAGCUGAUAAUAUCAAAAGUGGACGUCCAACUGACAAAUAUUCUUUCUCUCCGGAUAAAGAUGUAGACAACAUUAAUAAAAUUCUUCAGGAGCGCAAUGCACUACGUAAGAAAACGGAGGUAUUGUCCGAUCUAGAAAAUAAAAUAGAUCAACUGCAGCAAAAGGCCGAACAGGCGGAUCGUAUUUCGGAAGAUUUCGUUUUUAAUUUAAGCGAACAGGAUCAAUAUAUCGAUGAAAUGGAAAAAGAGAUGCAAGAAAUGCAAAACUAUUAUGAAACUGAGGUGGACAGAUCGAAAUGUAAUGAAGCUAUGUUAAAGUGCCGUUGUGAUGAAAUGAAGCAGCAAUUAAUAGCAGCCAAUUGCGCCAUCCAGCGUGUCAAAUACCAGCAAAUGGAAAUUGACGUGCUGCAUAAAGAACUGCAAGAGAGAGACAAAGCCCUUAAUGCCUAUGAUUGUCAAUAUCAACAGUUAAUGCUUAAAGCUAGGAAUUUUAAAGAUGCCGGAUAUCGUUUGCUUGAUCAACUUCCACUUUUCAGUGCUACCACUUCCUCUGAUUGCGAGGAAGAUGGAGAGCUUGCUUGUUAAUGGCUUCCCAAACUUGAUUAGACUUUAGCUAUGUUCGAAACAUUUUCUAUUUUGUUUGAAUCAACAAUAAUAUCUCUGCACAUAAAAAAAAUAAAUUAUCCAACAAUCGACCCAGCAA